AUGCGCACGUUUGACGAUCAGUUUUUGUACGAACGAGCAUUGAGCACCAUGUGGGCGAGCUUGGUUAGAUCUUCCUGUGCAUUGGCGUUGCUUUCGGUGGCAUCCACUGCCGCCAACAGUGAGGAGCUGCUGCGGGGCAAGGAAAACUGUCUACGGCACGAUGACUUCCCAAGCCCCAACGAGUGCUGCUCCAAACCGCAGUGGAUCAAUCGGUACGCGGUACGGCGCUGUCGGUACAUUCAUGCCGAGGUUGAUGGAAGCCGAUACGAACGAGGGUCGUGUGAAGCACGAUGCGGUCUGUUCAAGAUCAACAUCACUAUGACCGAUCGCAUUCAGCGGGUGCGCAUCUUCCGCCCGAGGCUGCAAACGCGCGGAAUAGAUCAGGGCUGGAUAAAUGUCGUGCUGAAAGCGCUGAGCUACUGCAAACCGAAGGUAACGCAGCUGCAAGGACGCCGUGCACCAGCCGACGAAGAAAUGGAGCAGUGCGAAAUAGCUGAAGACAUCUUUGGGGAUUGUGUCCAGGCGCAAAUGUUUAUGCAUUGUCCCCGAACGACGUGGAUUGAGUCUAGGUCCUGUGAGAUGAUGCGUGAGCUGCUGGCUGCAGGUUGCCCCUACAAAACGUUGGGUGAGGUAGUUGUGCUGAACGACGAAGGAUACGUUCGAGACGAUCGAGUGCUGGAUGAUGAAUACGAUCGUCCGUAUCGCGGUGGACGAACGGAACGUCCACGGUACGAUUACGAUGACGAUGGGUAUGACCGACGAACUCAGUACGAUCAGAGCAGUGGUGGCAGCUAUCUUAGACGGACUGAAGGAAACCGUGGAACUAGCUAUGGCAAUACAGAACAAGGUGUUGUAGUUUAG